UACAUGCGCGUAACAGAUGUGUGUGUGUGUGUGUGUGUGAAUGCAGCGCGAGCGCUAUGACUGUGUGUCCGUCGGUGUCUCUGUCUGACAUCUGAUUCUAUUUCUCAGCCAUAUAAACAGACACACAGAUGACUGAUCUCAUGUAAUCUCAAGGCAUUCGCGUACUGUGCACCUGCAGCCAGGAGCACGCGCCGGACGGACGUCGAUCAGAGCGUCACUCGGUUUGUUCACCGCCUUGAUAAAACUAUACGUAGCGCCUACAUAUAUUUUAGCAUUUGUUCUUGUUCGUUGCAACGGAUGUGCUUUUGAAGUGCGGGGGAUAAAAUGCGUUAGAACAGCAUCAGCUCGCCGUUGCGCACGCAUUAAGUGCGCGUGCCGGAGGAGAGCAUGAGCGUGCUGUCCGUGCUGUGGAGAAUCAUGCGAUAUCUCCUCCUCAGACCCGGGACCCUGCUGCUCCUCUGCAUCAGUCUGGCGCUCUGUAGCUAUCUCUUCCACACGGAUGACGUCAAGACCAUCGCGCAGUCCAUACACGUGAUAAAGGGGAAGAAUGACGGAGACCUUGCGGACGACGAGCAGGUGUCCAGGACGUGGGAGUUCAGGAGUCCAGCUGCUGCGGUGUACUCUGUCCAGGGCAGGAGGGAUCACAUGGAGGACAGGUUUGACAUCCUCCUCACUGACACACUCAACGGGAGUCAUCCGCACAUCUUCAGCAUCUUUGAUGGACAUGGAGGAGAGACAGCUGCGGAGUAUGUGCACACUCAUCUUCCAGCAGUUCUCCGACAACAGCUUCAGCAGUAUGAGAGACAGAAGGAGAACAGCCUGCUGAGCCAUCAGUCCAUCCUCAAGCAACACAUACUCAACAUGGACAAAGAGCUCGUGGAGAAACUCUCAGCCUCCUAUGACGAAGCAGGAACUACAUGUCUGAUGGCUCUUCUGUCCGAGAAGCAGCUGACUGUCGCCAACGUAGGUGACUCAAGGGCCGUCUUGUGUGAUAAAGACGGUAGUGUCAUCUCGCUGUCACAUGACCACAAACCCUACCAGCUCAAAGAGAGGAAGAGGAUCAAGAAAGCAGGUGGCUUCAUCAGUUUUAAUGGCUCAUGGCGUGUGCAGGGUGUUCUGGCCAUGUCCCGUUCACUUGGCGAUUAUCCACUAAAGAGACUGAACGUGUUGAUCCCGGACCCUGAUGUGCUGACCUUUGACCUGGACACACUACAGCCUCAGUUUAUGAUUCUAGCAUCAGACGGCCUUUGGGACACCUUUAGCAAUGAGGAAGCCGUGCAUUUUAUCAAGGAACGUCUCAACGAGCCACAUUUAGGUGCUAAGAGCAUCGCCCUUCAGUCAUUUUAUCGCGGCUGUACCGACAACAUCACAGUGAUGGUAGUGAAAUUUAAAAAGAGAGCCUCUAAAGCUCCCGGCCAGUGAAGAUGAAUAAACUCUUACAAGUAAUAGUGACAUGCAAACAUGAAUGAAUGAAUGAAUGAAUAGCAUUAACAUGAGAUGUUAACAAUGUUACCUGUAUUUUUGGAGCAGCACUUAUUUGUAAGAAAAUGCUUACAAAUUACAAUUUGAAGAAUCUUUAUGCUACUCUUUUUCAUUGACAGUUUAUAGGGUUCAUAUUUGCCGGCUUACAAAAUAAUAUGAAUACAAAUAUAUCAAAAGCUGUCUCUAUGAGCUGUGAGAUGGUGUCGUGAUCUUUAUUUGAGGAACAGAGAAACCGGAAGUUUGUGGAAGAACUGGUGAUAUCGUGAUUUGUUUUGUGACAUCAGUGCUCUAUCUCAGCUAAUGAUCGUUCGGAAAUGACUAAAUCAAAGUAAAAAAUGUUCACGACCCUGCACAUAAAGAAAUAUGCAACAGAUUAAGUCUACAUUGGAUUGUGUUGUACGAUACUUCUAUCAUGCCUUUAUGGUGCUGUGUUAUAUGGAGUUUGACAGGGAGCUGAAUACCCAACACUCAGUUCUUCAUUUCAAGCGAGGCAGUGAAGUUAAACGUGUGGCUGAACUACGUGUUUCAAGAUGUUCUGUCAACUUUGUGUAAACGUGAGAAAAAGCUUAAACCAGCAUUCCAUGAAAUAUCAGUUCGCUACAGUUCUGUUCGUAUAUUCAUGUGUAGAAAAGAAUCUGUCGUUUUUUUGUCAUCUUUGUAACUUAUAAUCGUCUUCUGUGAAAGUGGUUGAGAUAUUUCGGGCAUAUCUGAUGUGUCAAUUUACUAAAUAUGGUCAUAGAAAGAGCUUAAUGGAAGUACGUUGAUUUAUUUUUACUGACGUUCACAGGUCUAUUUGCCAAAACAGUCUUGUCGUCCAGCAUUUGUGUUGACUGUCAUAUGCACAUUAAAAAUCUAUGUAUAUACAUACGGAGACAAGGAAUAACAAAAUGAAUGUUUAUAUCAAGUAUUAUAACACAAUGUUCAACAAUUCAAAUGAUCUUAAAUGGUUGAAAAUAUUGUUGGUGUUAAAGAAUGUUAAGUCAGUUUUUCAGUAUUUGUUUUGCAUUUAAAAGUGUAAAGAAGCUUAAAUCAAAUAUCAGUCCAGAAUAAAAAAAUUAUAAUAAUAGUGACAAAAUUCACUCUUGUCUGUUUUUC